AUCAUCCAAAAAAAAGAAAAGGUACGUACCAUUCAGGGCAGUAAGCGAGGGCACAAUUCAAUUUCCACAAUUUGAACUUCCCCGAACUUUGACCCUCGCGAAAAUCUUCAAUCCAACAAACGACAUCGAGUCCAUCUCCCACCUCAACACCACACAGCAGCCAAGAUGGUUCGAUACGCUGCCACCGAGAUUGACUCCGCGAAGUCGGCCCGCGCCCGCGGCGCCUACCUCCGUGUUUCCUUCAAGAACACCCGAGAGACCGCCCAGGCCAUCAACGGCUGGAAGUUGACCCGCGCCGUCAAGUUCCUCGAGAAUGUUAAGGAGAAGACUGAGGCCGUCCCCAUGCGACGAUAUGCCGGCAGCACUGGCCGAACAGCCCAAGGCAAGCAGUUCGGUGUCUCCAAGGCUCGAUGGCCCGCUAAGUCUGCCGAGUUCCUGCUCGGCCUUCUAAGGAACGCUGAGUCCAACGCCGAUGCUAAGGGCCUCGACACUAGCAACUUGAUCGUCAAGCACAUCCAAGUCAACCAGGCCCCCAAGCAGCGAAGACGAACUUACCGAGCUCACGGUCGUAUCAACCCUUACAUGUCGAACCCGUGCCACAUUGAGCUCAUCCUGACCGAAGGCGAGGAAGUUGUGCAAAAGUCCGAGUCAGUCGUCGGCCGCGAGCCGGCUCACCUGAGCUCGAGACAACGCGGUGCCCGUAUCCGCAAGGCCAUCACUGCCGCAUAGAUUCCCAAAAUAAGAUGACGGGGACGAGGCGGUGAAGGUAGGGGGUGUGACGAUUAAUGGAGAUUAAAGGUUCGGGGUUAAAGUUGCUUUCAAACUCCAGGUGUCAAGGCGGUUAUCGUAAAGCAUGGGUCUAGGUAUUCUCUGGCAUGCAACUCCGCGAAAUCAAAAAUCUUCGUGGAUUUUCCCCCAAAUAACGCGCAAAAAAGUUUCUGAACGAUCAU